AUGCUUUCCGUUUCACACCCUCAAACUGCACAUCGCCCCCCACAACAUCAGCAUCAGCAACCCGAUCGUGCCUCGACCGCCCAGACCUUCGACUUUGGCCCAGCAGCCUCUUCUUUCGGCGCCAUCGAUCCUAUAAACUCUCUAACCUCUGGAUCUCUCCCAAACCCAUCAAUGCCUAAUGACAAUUGGGGCAACCUUGCCCAGCACAACCCCGAGAAGAUGGGCCGCAUGCCACAUCAGCGAGAGUCGUCGCUGUCUUCGAUGGGCUCGGCUGGCCCAGCCUCGCCAUACAACCAGUCCACCUCAAAUCCUCAGAUUGCCAUAACCGAUUCCACCGGGGACGAUUUGACCGAUAUACACACGCAAGAUGCGAGUUCCCAGAACAGCCAGCUAUUCCAAGUACCUAAGUCCGCUGCGGGCACAUAUACUGGAUACCAGUCUUUGGAACAGGCCAUUCCAGAUAUGGCGUAUCCAGCUACGAUACCUGGCCCGGGUAGCAAUCAAUCACGUACAGAUCGCGGCUUGCUGCCGGCGCCUGACAUGGCUAUGGCUAGUCGAUCGCACCCGCCUUCCGUCGCUAGUUCUGUGACAGGGGACUCUCCAGCUACCGCAACUGCGGGCAGUGAAGAUGUCGGCGAUAGACGACGUAAAGAUGGCUACGGUAACGUGCCAAAGCUCGACCGCACUAUGACGGACGUCUAUGGCGAUGAAUUAUACAGCCCCAACUUCGCUAUAACUUCAACGCCUCCUUCUCAGCCCCAAGGGCUUACGACCAUAUCACCACCAAGCGAGAUAUUCAGCCAGCGGCUUAACGCUGCCAACAGCCAGCAUCUUGGCAUGGCACAUUCACCCGCAUCGGUCACAACAGCCGACCAUAAGAUAUCGUCGCCGUUCAGACCCAGUUCCCCCUUUGCCAAAACUUCAGGCCAUGAUCCCGCACCGUCACGCGUCAAGCCUCACGAUGGAGGCGACCGCGUGAGAGAGUUUUCCAGCAUGAGGCAAGAUGCACCCGUCUUUCGGUCACAAUCUUUGGCGGAUACAGAGCCCGAAACGCCAAAAACAAUUUCGCCAAAAGACGCAAUGCUCGAGUUUAACGACCCGGAAGGUGAUGCGGACUUUCCCCUGUUUCCGCAGAGUUCCAUGGCUCUUGACAUGGAGCAGUUGCCGAAGUCAAUGUCUUUGCAAGCACCACAGCAAAGCUUCAUGCCUGGAGCCAACGGAAUGGGUCUCGAGCAGUUUGGAUAUGUGCCCAACUCCCAAAUUACCCACAACUUACAGGUACCGCAACAGUACCCAUUUGUGCCGCGACUGCACCCAGGAUCUGCCGCCUCCCCCCCAAGAUUGAGCUCCUCCGGAUCGAGUCCCGACUCUGUGUCGACUAUCAAUCCUAGCGCGAACAUACGUCGACCAGCAAGGGCAGGCGCCGAGGGUGGUACAUAUACUUGUACUUACCACGGCUGCAAGCAACGAUUCGAAACCCCCGUUCUACUUCAGAAACAUAAACGGGAAGGCCAUCGACAGACCCAUGGACUCAUACCUACUCAGCCUGAAAUUGGGAUGGCCACGUCGCUUGUGAACAGCCAGGCUGGCCCCCACCGCUGCGACCGUAUCAACCCGAGUACCGGCAAGCCGUGCAACACUGUAUUUUCACGACCCUACGACCUCACCCGUCACGAGGACACGAUACACAAUGCGCGGAAGCAGAAGGUUCGGUGCGACCUGUGUACAGAGGAAAAAACCUUCAGCCGUGCGGAUGCUCUCACACGGCACUACCGUGUGUGUCAUCCUGACAUGGAACUACCUGGCAAAAGCCGGCGACGAGGUGGUGCAUGA